AUGCCUUCUAAGCAACCCCUCAUCGUCAUCGUCCCUGGGGCCUGGACUCCCCCAACAGCAUAUCACAAACUUGUUACUCUCUUGGAAAAUGCUCCUUACAAUUUCACCGUUCACAGUCCUGCGCUUGCGUCCAACAAUGGCGCUACACCUCCCAACUCCUUCGAGGCCGAUGUGGAGGCUGUAAGAUCGGCUAUCGAGCCUCUCGUCACGGCGGGAAACGUCACCCUCAUCAUGCACUCCUACGGCGGAGUGGUCGGAUCCAGCUCCAUCGCCAGACUGACCAAGAAGGACCGUCAGGACAAGGGCCUUCCCGGUGGCGUCUCACACCUGUUCUACAUCAGUGCGUACAUGCUGGCCAAAAGUCAGAGCGCGUGGGACAUUCUGGUCCAGGCCGGCGGUGACACCCCCGAGCGUCGGACGCUGGUCGAGUUCAAGGACGACGGCACGUGGCUCCCGACAGAUGCCAUCUCGGGUCUGUACCAUGACCUCGAGCCUGAGGACCAGGAGGAGCAAAAGGCGGGAAUACGGCCUCAUUUCUUCUCGGCGCUGUUGGGCAAGGCGACAUAUGAGCCGUGGAGGGACGUUCCCAGCACAUACAUUUACACCGAGCAGGACAUCUGGGUUCCGCCAUCAUUCCAGGAUAUUUGCCUGGCCAACGCCAAAGACGCAGGGGUUCAUGUCGAUGUCCACAGGUUCCCGUCGGGGCACGCGGCGUAUGUCAACCAUCGUGAAGAGAUCGCGGCGCUAGUUGGCAAAGCUGCUGGCUCUUCCUAA